UGUCCAAUAAUAUGAUCACCACAACAACUGCUGCAUCAAUGGAAGCAAGUGGUGCUGCUUCAUCAACUCAAGUUCUCAAAAGGAAGAGAAAUCUCCCAGGAAACCCAGACCCAGAUGCAGAAGUGAUAGCACUAUCACCAAAAACCCUCAUGGCAACAAACAGGUUUGUGUGUGAGAUAUGCAACAAGGGAUUCCAAAGAGACCAGAACCUGCAACUCCACAGAAGAGGUCACAACCUGCCAUGGAAACUCAAGCAAAGACCAACAAACAAAGAGGUGAAGAAGAAGGUGUACAUAUGCCCAGAAGUCUCUUGCAUCCACCAUGACCCAUCUAGAGCUCUUGGAGAUCUCACUGGGAUUAAGAAACACUACAGCAGGAAACAUGGUGAGAAGAAGUGGAAAUGUGACAAGUGCUCCAAAAAAUAUGCUGUUCAAUCUGAUUGGAAAGCUCACACAAAGAUUUGUGGCACAAGAGAGUAUAGAUGUGAUUGUGGGACUUUGUUCUCAAGAAGAGAUAGUUUCAUAACUCACAGAGCCUUUUGUGAUGCAUUGGCUGAAGAGAGUGCAAGAUCAAUACCAUCUUCUUCUUCUACUGCUGCUUCUGCUUCUGCUACUCAUACUCAUACUAGUACUAGUGCUGCAAAUGCUUGCCAACAAGUUGGUUUUGGUAACCAAGUGGAGUAUUUUCAUGAGUAUUCAUAUGAGAAUAAUAAGCACUUGGGAAAAGCUGCAGGUUCUGGGCAUUUGUCAGCUACUGCAUUGCUGCAAAAAGCUGCAGAAAUGGGGGCAGGCAGUGGGAGGACACAAGAAAGUACUUUGAUGGCUGGUCAUACAUCUUGCAGUGGUUUGUCUGUUGCAGGGUUUGAUGGAUCAUUUGAGGGAGUUUUUGGAGAAAGGAGAAGGCAUCAUGGACUUCUAAUUGGUGGUGGUGGUGGUGGUGGUGGUGGUGGAGGAGGGGAUCAUGAAAGAGGUAGUAUGACUAGAGAUUUCUUGGGACUUAGAGCUCCCAUUUCUCAUAGAGAUAUUUUUAGCUUUGCUGCAGGGUUUGAUCCUUCUUGCAUCAACUCCAACUCUUCUACUUCUUCUUCUUAUCAUGAACAACCACAGUGAUUACAAUUACUCUUAUUAUUGUUAUCAAGUAAUUAAUUAUCAAGAGAAAUACUAAAUUGUGUAUGCAUGUUAUGUUAUUGCUUCUAAAGUUUCUUUCUUUUUUUUGGUUGUGUUGUUUUGUUUGUUGUUGUUGUUAGUGUUAAGUGAAUAAAAAGAGAAAGGGCUUGGCAUGCA